CGCCUAACAAUCAACUGCUUUGAUACACCGCUGUUUCUAUCAAUCUCUCUACUAACGCAAUUCAUCGAUCCUUUGAACUGUCAUCCACGAUAAACCCUAAUCGUCUUCUUUAAUUCCAAUCUUAAUUUGUAACGGAAAGGAAUCAAAUUGAGAGCUGAAAUCGAACGAGAAGUGUCUGAGAAGUAGACAUGCUCGGCACUGGAGGAGACAUCCCAACUAGGCAUGAGUUGUUGACUAUGGUGAAGAAGCAUUCUAAAACAUUAGGGAAAACUGAUGUCGGUGAGGAAGAUGCUUCGGAUGUUGAAACAAAUCCACGCUUCUGGCAUGAUAUCAUGGAUAUGUACUUCAUUCUUGGCAAGGAAUCCAGGGGACGUCAGGAUGAUGAUCUAAUAUUUUUUGUCAAGAAGUCGAACAUUCAUGAACAUGCUCCCAAGGAUAAUCAAGAAGAUAACAAUCCAUACUUUGUCAGAAGGUGGGCAGUUAAGUUGAAUAGUCUAGUGGAUGAGGAUAAAAUCCAUGUGGACUGGAGGCGUUCAUUUUACUUGAACCUCAUUGCUCACACCUCAUUCAGUGUUACAGUUGCAAUUUGCAGUCAUGAGGUGCUCAAAAAUCAUCAAGGUGGACGUGAUUCACCAUUAUCCUCUAUAUAUAAGGUUGUAAAAACUGUUUAUGCAUCACCCAGCCGAGUCAACUUUCAUUUGGACUCCAGAAAGGAAUCAGAGACGACUCCUGCAUACCCAGAUAUAUGUUUUGCUGUGGAUGAUUUCGAUUCCACUUUUGAUGCAGUGGUUUUGACAGAAACAGAUCACUGCUACUGCGUACUGUUAAAUGCAGAUGGAGGGGCAUCAUUUCCAAGUGAGGAUAGAGUUCAGGGUUCCAGUUCUAGUGAUAUUUCUUCUUUGGAAACUAGCACUAAUUCUGCAAGGACAAAGAACUCUAAGCUUACUAUGUUUUCAGGAUUUGUCAGCUAUCAAAUGGUUCGAGAUGCAUAUGAUGCCGAGAGACACGGGUUUGGAAGUCUUCUUUCUCUUGGUAAUUCUUCAGGAAAAACGGAUAGGAUUUAUAUGAGAGGUCCUGGAGGUCGUGGGGAAGUUGAAGUUGCUGUUUCUGGGGUUAUAGAUCAAAGCAAGCAGGAUCAUGGCCCUCCAUCGCCUGACUCCAAGAAAGGAUCUGGUUUCAGUAGAAUGGUGAGGAAAGCAGCAGCAGUUGCAUCUCUGGCUGCAAAGCAGGCCUAUGCAGCUGCAGCCAAUAAUUCAGAUGAUGAGAUGCUUCCUCUCAAGUGCUGCUUAAUGUCAAUAUCAUUACCUUGGGAGCACAUUGCAAAUGAUCUUCUUUUCAAGGGAAGUCCUCCCGUAAAACUUUAAGUAACAACAGGUAUCCCAACAUGUUCUCAUUCUGUGGAUUUGAAAAUGAACUUCAGAUUUGCUGAGUACAGCCAGGGAAGGAACCAUCAUCACCCAGAUGAAGUUACAAUAUCAAGAAAAUACUGGGAUUUUUUUUCUUUGGCGCAUUCAUGUUGUAUUACUCUUCCUUGUGGUUAAACUGCGGUUCAAGUUACUGUAGAUAUGUUGCGUUUAUGUAAAUGGUCAGUUAUAAGAUGGGGUAUCCACACUUUGAAAGACUUGACUGGAGCAUUCUUUCAAUCUUUUCCCACUAGUGGUUUGUGUUAGAUCUGCACUCAAAUGUUUCUGUUGUUGGUUUAUCAUACUAAUAAUUAAAAUCUAAUCUUAAUUUGGUUUU